CUCAUACUCGCGAUCAGGCUGUCGACUCGGCGACAAUCUUUCCUUGUGCCAGUGCUUCAACCCCCGUCACAAAUCGCAGUUUGUAUUCUGCUCCCCGAGAGUAAACUUCUUCAGGUGAGACCUUGUCUCUCGCAACUCCCGGGAUGUAUCGAAGAAUCCUAGUGUUAAUUGUUAGUCUCGCGUUCGUGUUGACGGCUCGUGCAGAUAAGAAUGUAAGAUGCUAUGUGUGUACUUCAUUAACGCAUCCUAAUUGUGAAACAGAUCCUAAGGCACAUAACCUUGAACUUGACGAAUGUACUUUAAACCACAUGGUGGAUUGGAAACUGAAAAUUCAACAGCACAAAGCUUUAGAAUGGGCAGCUUCAAUUUUUGAUGUUGACAAUUUGGAUCCCGAACCUGUCGCUCUAAUGGCGUGUGCUAAAAUGAUUUUUAAGGAUAAAUAUCAAAACAUCACAAUGAGAAGUUGCCAAACAGCGAAGACAGAGACCUUUGACCCGUGCAAAUCGAUAAAUACAAUGAUCCCUAACGAUAAGAAGCUGGAAUUUUGUGAAUUAUGCACGGAGGACGCUUGCAAUAGUUCGAUUACAAUGUCGCCAAUAAUUUCCUUUACUUUGUUGUCCGCUCUUGGAGCUGUAGUUUUGGGCUGUUUUUAUAACAGCGCGUAACCUUUAUAUAUCAAAAUAUAGAGUUGAUUGCGAUCGGCCUUACAGGCGUUGCUCGUUAAUCGAUUCAUAGCGUAUUCUAAGACUUGAAAACACACACAUUAAGCAUAUACAUUGUUCACUAAUAUUUCACAUCGUGCCACGAGUAUGUAUCAUACAAUGGAUAUUCGAAAAAAGGAAAAAAAAAAUUAAAAAUUCAGCGUUGUUAGAUUAAUUUUUGACUAACGAAUAAAUUAUUUUUCUGUAUAUUUUUAUCGUUUUCUAUAUACGUACAUAAUUUUUAUUUGUAUUUUCUGUAGCGAGAUCGUAAAUUCCUAUUUCGUACAGACGAAAGAUGCAAAUUAUUAAAUAAUCAAACUUCUUUUCGCGGUUAAAUUAAACUUGCGAUAGUCUAUAAGGGAAUUCAUCAGAUUUGUUUCAUUACUUUAGAAUGACUUCUGAUAUAUAUACACGUUUCUGUCUUGUUUCUUUCCUGUUUCAUAAUGAAAUAAAAACAACGAAAUACGUAUGAAAGAAUUCCAGACAGAAAUGUGACUUUCCACACAAUUUCUAUUGUCCAAAUUUUAAGAAUAAAUUGGCUAGCAGAUUUUGUAUAUCGAAUACUUCGAGAAGCUCAUGUCUAUAGACUUAUAUUUAACGACUUUAUGCUGAUUGAGCAAUGGUCAUUGCCUGUAUGUGUGUUCAUUAUAAAAAUUCGGAUGUUAUUAUGUAUAUUUGUCAAAUUGCAUUUGCGAUUAAAUUCAUUAAGCACGACCUUACAAGCAUAAAGAAGUAAAUAUAUGUAUAUUAUAUAUGUACUUGAUCUUAUAUGUGUAUUGUACAUACAAACGAAGAGGCUUAUGAAAUAUCAAAUUUGGCUAAUGUUUAUAUCACGGAAUGCUACUUAGCUUCUAAAGAUGGAAUAUAUUAUUAUCGAAAAUUGUGACGAGCAAUAAAUAUAUAUCGACCGAU